UGUUCGCCUGGCAGUACCGUAUACUUCUGCUAGUGACCAGCAUUAUGGUCACCGUUGCGAUACAGGCAAAUUUCGAACGGCUUGAGCAACCCUCGGGCAAGGAGUAUGUGGAUUACGAUCUUCGUGUCCGCAAGUUUAAUCGCACCGCGGUCACGCUCAACGGGACGAUCAAUAUUAAUCAGAUUAUGGAUAACACGAUGAUUUUUGAUAGCGAUGUGUUUCUUAGCCGGCUUGGAAAUCAGCAGUUUCUACACUCACCGCUACAUCUACCAUCGACCGGGCUGUGUGAGCUGGUGAAUCACGUCCGCGAAGAAUAUCCUUUGAUACUAGAAGACAUUGAAAACUUUCCACAAAGUGGAGAGUGUCCUAUCUCUGUGCGAACGAUGUACGUAAAGGAUAAAAUGUUUCCGACAGAAGUACUACCGACACCGAUGUCGGCAGGUCUGUGGAAGAUGAUCUUUUCCAGCAAAGUGAAUGAAAAGGUGAUAUUUGAACUUAUCGCAAUUAUUCGCAUAACCGAUAGUUUUUGAAGAAGCAAACAUCGCUUUGAAAACUGCUUAAAUGCAAUAAAGGUUGUGCUUGUU